GCUCGCGCGCGCGCGCGCGCACGUGCGCACGUGUACAUACGCGCGCUCGUAGCCCCAGCAUCACGAGAGGCAGCGACGACAGCGAAAACGGUCAGGGAAGGAGGGCGAAGGGGCUUUGACUUUGGGUGCUUAGUCACAUUUUGCUCCGACCAGUGAGGCGAGGGAUGGAGCGUGUAGAUGAGGAGCAGUGAGCGGGUCAGCGGGAGAAGAGACGCGGAGGGGGCAAGGGGGAACCGCUAAAGCCGGAGUAGAUGAUGCUUAUUUGCUGCAGGCCCCGACAUUGUGAAACUGGAUACCGACUUGCGGCGGAUGGGGUGACCGAGCUCGCUGCUCCGCCGGGGUGGUCCCUGCCUUCGGACGGUACCGGGGUGGGAGCCGCCUGGUUCUAAGGAAGGAAGGAAGGAAGGAAGGAAGGAAGGAGUGGCAAGAGGGAAAAUGCAGACGGAGGAGGAGACGGCAGCCGCAGAAGAGCCCAUUUUGGAGGAAGGGUCAGGACGAGAGCAGCAACAGCCAGUCCAACAGUCUCUGGCCUCCUCCCUUUGUCGGGAGUCCCAUUGGAAGUGCCUCCUCCUGACCCUCCUCAUGUACGGUUGCUUUGCCACACUCGCCUGGUGCGCCCUCUGUCGAGUACCCGUUCUCGGCUCCUCCUCCAUACCUCUUGAUGCUGACGAUGAUGCCACCUCAGCGGCCUACUAUAACGACAUCCUGCACUUGGAGAGUCCGUGCUCUAGUGGCUAUGUCUAUAUCCCUCUGGCCUUCCUGGCCAUGCUUUAUGUGGUUUACCUGGUGGAAUGUUGGCACUGCUUCUCCAAGACGGCCAUGUUGGCUCAUGCUGAAUUCCAGGAAGUGUAUGAGCGUGUGCAGAGACUUCAGCAGGCCACACCCUGUAUUUGGUGGAAGGCCAUUAGCUAUCACUACGUGAGGAGAACAAGACAGGUGACAAGAUACCGCAACGGAGACGCAUACACGACCACACAGGUCUACCAUGAGCGGGUGAACACUCAUGCCUCCAGUUCAGAGUUUGACUACGCCCGUUAUGGUGUCAAAGACGUAUCAAAGGAGCUGCUGGACCUGCAACUGCACCCUGCUGUUCGCCUCCGCUUCACCAAGUGUUUCAGCUUCUCCAGUGCACGUGCUGAAGCUGCCUACCUCACCCAGCGAGCGCGCUUCUUUGGGGAAAACGAGGGCCUUGACGACUACAUGGAGGCCAGGGAGGGAAUGCACUUGAAGAACGUGGAUUUCCGUGAACACAUCCUGGCAUUCCCAGAUCCUGCUCAUCAGCCGUGGUUUUCUAGGCACAGGGUGUUCUGGCUAGCCUCAGCUUUCCUCCUGUCAUGGCCGCUGCGGGUUGUGUCGGAAUAUCGCACAGCAUAUGUCCACUACCAUGUGGAGAAGCUGUUCGGGGAGGAGGAGGAUACUGGCGGAGGAGGAGGGGGUGGAGGAGGACCAGGUGGAGGUGGAAGGGGGGAUGGGACUGAAGGUGGGACUGAGAAUGGAAUCCACCCGGGAGGAAUUGGUAUUGGAAAUGGUCUGAAUGGGACGAGCUACAGAGCCAUCUCUCGUGUCAACACAGUGGACAUGACAGAAUUGGAAUGGCACAUCCGCUGUAACCAACAGAUGGUCCCAAGCUACUCUGAAGCCCUCCUUAUGGACUUGGACACAAAUGGGGGGGCAAACCCCACUGCCUCUACGCCCCUCUCUGGGCCUCCGGGCAACGCUCCAAACCAGAUGACCAACACGCCUCCUCUGGCCCUGCCUGUAGUGUUCAACUCAGCUUACCUCCUCCAGAGCUGCCCUCGAUGCCGAAGGACGACGUCGAGUUCAAGUCUUCCCUCCAGGCUUAGGGCCCCGAUGGGAACCACAGCCCUCCUGAACACUACCGUGGCAGGGAUCCGGGCCGCAGGGCCAGGAGGUGGGGGUAUAGGAGGAAGGUUGGUGCUUAGUCGGAGUGGAUUCUCACUAGGGAGGCUGGGAGGAGGGCGCCAGAACAGCCUGUUUCAUUCAAGAAGCAUGGGGGGAGAUCUGGGAGGAAGUAGGGAAGAUGGAGGAGGAAGUGUUGGAGGAGGGGGAGGGGGAGGAGGUGUUGGAGGUGGGGGAGGCGGAGGAUUCCUUGGGUUAGGUUCAAGACAGGACAAUGAGGAGACCAGAGCAGUGCUAGAAGGAGAAGGGGAUGACGAUGAGGAAGAGGAGGAGGAGGUGAGGAGAACGGAAGACAGGGGAAGAGGAGGCAGAGAGAUGGACGAAGAAGCAGACCAAGACAGUGGAGGAGGAGGGCAGGGGAGGGAGGGUGAGAGGGAUCGUCCUCCAUCCUACCAGGACGCAUUCUUCUUUCCUGUCCUCAUUAUACACGGAGAGGAGAGCUGCCAUGCUGGAGACGACAUGUGAGAAACAGAAAAAUCAACACGUUAAAUGAAAGAAAGUAUAAACAGAGGCUGAGGGAGAUGAACAAACGUGCUGAACAGAAAGAAAAGAGUGGAUCAGAGAAAAAGGGGAUAAGGGAAAAUGAGAUUUGAUAGACCUGAAGAAAUUAAAGAAAGAGGAAAGAGGGAACAAGGGGAGAGAAAAAGAAGUGGAGUGGAUAGAGUAUGAAGGGAAAAGGGAAUGUACUGUAAGAGGAGAGGAGAAACGGAGGAGAAAAGGCGGGCAGGAAACAUACUGGUUCAGAGGAAGAUGAAAGCUGAUAGAGAGUGCAGGAGCAAGAUAAGAUGGAUUCUGAGAAAAUGAGUAAAAGCAAGAAAAUCCUUGCAGCUGUAGACCUACACAGAAAUUGUGAGAGAGAGGGUGACAGAUCAGAUACUUGGGGAGAAUGGAAAGACUGAAAACUUCUCCAUUUCCAGAUAUAUCUAUGCAAGAAUAGGAGUGGGAGGAGGAACAAGUCUAAAGAUAGCAACUGAAGAGCAGUGAAGAAACUCCAAACCAGCUGAGCAGUAGUGGGUAUUUUUUUCAAAAGAAACAGAAGCAAAUGCGUUGCGGCAGACUAAAAAUAUGGCUCGUUUAAAAAUAAAAUGUUGAAAAAGUCAGAAGUUACUAAAUACGUCAGAUGAGGGGGGAAAGAGAUGAGAUCACAAAGGAUUACAAAAUGCAAUGCAGAGACGUAAAGGGUUAGAAACCACGAAAUGCUAUCGGCACGAUAAAUGUAAAAAAAGAGCAAGAGAGGAGAGCAAAAAAUGCUGGAGUGCAUCAGAGAAACAAUAGAAAAAGAGAAGAGGUAGAAUACAAAAUGAGACACAAUACUGGCCAUGACAUACCAAACCUUAAAAAUCCCAAAACAGCAUUAUCAAAAAGAUCAACUCAAGAGGAGGAGAAAACAAAGAUACAGGAUUUGUCACAGAGACAAAACACUCUCUGAGCAGCAGUUCUGACCAUGAAUCUAAUCAGGAAAACUAAAUGACAUUUUCUAAUAGGUUCCUGUGACAGAUGACGUUUUUCUCACAUCUUUUAAGAUGAACUAUACAACUUCACAAAACACCUGACUAGCAACCUUAACAGUUUCAGUGCCAUUAAAAGAGGAGAAACACUGAUGUCCUCCAUGUCUCUUCAUGCCAUCUUACUUCUCGCUUCGCCAUUAGCUUCCCUACCACUCUCUACCCAUUACUGAUAUGGAGCUGAUAGAAAAAAAUCCAUAAAAAGGGGAGUGAUUGAUUUCUUCAUUCCUCUUUUCUUAUGCUCCUACCUGCUCUCCAUCCAUUUUCUCACCUCUUCUGUACUCCCUCUUCUUUCCUCACCCCUCUGUGCAUGGAAGACCAUAAGUUACAAGUGCAGAUGUGUAAUUCUCAG